UCAAGAGGGAAUCGCCACCAAGUCCGGUUUUUGUUCGAUUUUAUAGGCAGCCACCCAGGGCUCUAUGUAGAAGAACUCUGUAUAUGACUGGGGUAAAUUAAUCGUAGAAUCUGCUUUUCACAAUCACAGUGAGCAUAUCAAGAAGUUUGUAUUUCAGGUUUUAGUAAUAACAGUGUAACUAGCUGAGCCGUAGUCAUGGGAUCUGCAGUGAGUCACGACGCCAUGGAUGAUUCCUAUGAGGGGUCACACUCUCUAACACCUUCCAAAAGAGUUUUGUACGUGGACCCACGGUCCCCCUCAGCUGGUAUAGACAGAACACCAAUACUGGUGGAGAAAACACCGCCGGCUGAUGUUUUCUGGGACCCUCGUUCUCCUACUGUUGGCAUUGUCCGUACUCCUAUUUCCAGUAUUAACAAUCGAAGCAAACAGACAGAGACAACGGAACUGAUGUCUGCUGCAGAGACUGACCAUGGUAUGUCACCCGUGAAGUUUGACAAUCUUGCCCUGAACAUUGAAGAUUCAGAUGAUGUAAUGAGCAGCAAGCAGGAUGAUCCACUCAACCUUCACAGUCUGUCUCUGUUAGAGGAGAGUGAAGAAGACAGUUGUCAGCUCCUUCCUAUCAGUCAAGAAAAGCCUAUCAGCUCUGAAAAAAGAAUAGAUUUUGGCAGUAAGCUGCCCGUCAACAAACCGCUUGCUAAACAGCUGUUCUCUAAAAGAGAGAAUCGCCAAGGCAGCAGAUUGAACACCUCAGACAAUCGCUCGCCUCUGAGGUCACGGAACCAGGAUGUUGCCUCACCAAGGAACAUAUUACAACGGAAACAGAUCAAUUUUGUGGACAACAAGAUGAACUAUCGGUGUGUGAACAGUCAGAGUACUCCACCCUCUCAGGACAAGGAAAACCUCACUAAUGUGAGGCUGUGUCAGAACUAACCUUACAGGGAACCAUACCCUCACCAGGCAUGGAACCUUAACACUACAAAUAUGAGGCUGUGUCAGAGCCAACUCCCUACAGGAACCCACAACGUCACCAGGAAUGGAAUCUUAACGCCGCAAAGACGAGGCUAUGUCAGAACCAACUCUCUACAUGGAACCAGACAUGGAGAAAACACAGACACAAGGCAGUGUCAGAACUUACCCUGCCCAUAGACACAAGGCUGUGUCAGAACUAACUCUGUCCAUAGACACAAGGCUGUGUCAGAACUGACUCUCUCCAUACAUAGAACCACAACCUCAUCAGACAUGGAACUAUAGUGUCACAGACAUGAUGCUGUGUCAGAACUCACUCUCUACAUAGAACCAUAGCCUCACCAGACAUGAAGAACCUCACAAAGAUGAGGCUGUGUCAGAACUAACUCUCUCCAUACAUAGAACCAUAACCUUACCAGACUUGGAACCAUAGCGUCACAAACAUGAGACUGUCACAUUGUGUAAGAACAAACUCUGUACAUGGACCAUAACCUAACUAGACGAGGAAAACCACACAAACAUGAAGCAGUGUCAGAACUAACUUUCUCCCUGCAUGAAACUGAAGAACAUCACAAACAUGAGACUAUGAACUUUUGCCUGUUAUUUUGCAGUUCAAACUAAAACACAUUAUGUGGUCUUUUAGUAUAAUCAUUUUCAUUUUAUGGUAUAUCACAUGUACAGAUUUUGAUUAUAUGUCAGCAUUGUAUGUGAUGUUCAAGUAUUACCCCAAACUGAGAGGGUUAUCAUCUCAUCAGUAAGCAAUCAAACAUCAUAUGAUUGGAAACACCUUCAGUAUCGUGGGCGCUGUUCUCAUCAGUCAUCUCUCUGAUUGCUCUUCUGUUGUCUGAUCAUUUCAUUGUACAUAUUACUUUUGUUGUGCAUUUUAUCAUGACUAGAUAAGGUUAAAUUCAGUAUUUUACAAACAGAAUCUAUUCAGUGUUUGUUGAAUGUUUAUUGUAAUUAUUGAAAUACAUAAUACAUGAAGUGGAAGAAAAUUGUCUUGAUUAGGUCUUCCAUUAAGGGAAAUUAAUGUAAACAUUUGCACCUGUACAGGCAGCUUUGUAUUGGUUUGGAAUGAGGACAUAAAUGUCUGUCAGUACAUUGUACAUUUGGUGAAUCAUGGUGCACAAUGUGCUUUAAAGUGGUCAGUGAAAUAAAAUACUAAAUGUGACAUUUUUUUUAAGGAGGUUUAAUCUUCUUUCAUUGUACUACCUGUAUAUGUAGCCUUAUUCUUGUUUCAUAUAAAUGGGGAUCAUUUCCUGCCUAAAGUCAUUCAAACCCAAGCUCUGG